AUGGGUAUAUUUCGUUUGGAUUUUCUCUCAUGUUAUUUCUCUGAACAAGUUAUGACUGGAUUUGUUUUGGGAGGAUGUGUACAUGUAUUUUUCUCACAACUUGGGGACCUAUUGGGUAUUCAGCAUUUAUUGCCUCCUCGAUCUGGUCGUGGAUAUUUAUAUAAUCGUGUUUUUGAUAUAAUUGAUCAUUUAAAGUUUACAAAUAUCCAAACAAUGAUAAUAAGUAUUUGUUCUAUUUUCUUUCUUCUUUUUACUCAACAAAUUUUUGAACCAUGGCUAGCGGAUGCUUUUGAGUUUCCAAUACCCUAUGAACUUUUAUUAGUAAUUAUUGGAAUAACUGCAACAAAUUUUGGAGAUCUUUCAAAUAGACAUAAUAUUACUGUUGUUGGAAAUAUACCAACAAAGUAA